AUGACUGGUUGGGCUGACUAUCUUGACGAGUUGGACUUGUUAAAGUCUUGUCGUGCCAUCCGCGAUCUGGUAUCAUUCACUCAACUUCCUACUGCCAAAGAACCUGUGCUUCAGGAACUUGAAGAUUGGGUGUGGCACUACAUCACAUGGAUUCAUGACAGCUAUGUUACCAAGGCCCCAUAUUUGGUUCGACGUAUGAUUCUUCAUUGUCCAAUUGAUGAAUCCAAUGGGGAAGCAUUCCGACCUCUCCCCAAGCAUCAAUGUGAUCGUGGUGGUACUCUCUACCGCUAUAGUCAAAUGAUGACUCGCUUUCUGGCAACAAUCAUGCGUUCCAUUGAUGAUCGCCAUCCUUGCAAAUACCAAUUCCCUCUGCUGGAAACACAAGUCGACUUGAUCACAGCACUUCAUAAUAGUCUUAGGGAUAACAAGACCAGCUUGUCAGCAUUUCACACUGUAUGGUAUUUCCUCAUUGGCGAGCCCUUUGCUUUCACCGAGGUGGACAAGUGGAAAUGUCCUGUACUUUGCUGGCUUGCCUUGGCAAGUGUUCGUGAAGAUGGUCGCUUUAUAGAUGCCAAUGAAUACACACCUCUUCUGGCCGAAUGGGAAUACCUAAUGCGAAUCACCCAUCUAACACAAGCCUAUCGCAACUUUGAAGCUGAAUGUCAAACAACUGAUAUUCGUUCCAACUUUAUCACUAUAUGCUCAGUCCAAUUCUCCCAGUUCCUCAAGGAAGGUGUCAACUCUCCCUAUAAUUCAGUUCGCGAACAUCAGCAUUUUGCAUCUUCCAUUGCCAAAAACACAGCAGCAGCUCCUCAUAUCACAUGGUCAUCCGAUAUGACUGAACUGGCAUGUGAUGGUAAUAACCUUCAGCUCUCACGCCUUCGCUUUGGCCUCAAUGCCAUUGCCCUUGACAUUGAAACUCGCAUCACCAAACUCAUGAAUGGCCAUAUCAUUCCAAUCAAUGUUCCAGACAGUCUAACUGAGAACAUGACCAAUCGUGAUCUAGGCUAUGGAUGGAUGGAGUUGCCCAACUUGCUUGCCAAAUCUUUUCCUUUGCUAGAAAUCCUUCAAGAUCAUCCUCACUUCAAGAUAUGCGAGGUGGAACAUAAUGGCAAGCUACAUUGGAUCCAUCGUGGAAUCAUGGCUGUUUUAGCCGAAUUCACUGUUAUCAAUGAAGAGCUGGCCAUCUUGUGUCAUAUGCUUCCAGCACCUCCUCCUCGGGGUACUGAAUUGGUCGAAACUCGUAUUCGUAAUGGCCAAAUU